UAUAAACAAAACACACCAGUAGCUAACUGUUUUUAAACAAAACAUUGAUAAGUAAAGGUGGAUACGUAGUGCUUGUCGUUUCAGUUAACAGGUCUUCCCAAGCUGAUAUAGGAGUUAUUUUCCCCUCUGAAUGCUAAAACAUGUCAGUACCUUUCUCCAACACGCACCUGCGGGUCCCGCGAGGAUUCAGCACCAUCUUGGAGGGGCUGGCCAGAGAAGUCCUGCGAGAUCAGCCCGAAGACAUCCCUAAAUAUGCUGCACAGUACUUCGAUACUCUACUCACACAAAGAGAAGAUAGUGGCAUCGACCCAGCUGAGUGGGCUGCUAAACUGGAAGAUAGAUUCUACAACAACCAUGCAUUCAAGGCUACUGGGCCUAGUCCUGAAAAAGAGCCUUCAGCAAAGAUGACCAUUUCCAAAGAAAAAUCCUAUGAACCCCAAACUGAAGAUGAAUCAAGCCAUGCAGAAGAAGUCUCUAAUGUUUCCACAACACAUCCUACUGUCUCUGAAGAGGUUGAUUCAAGUGAAAGUAUGGAAGAAUAUGAAGGAAAACUGGAUAUUACAGAGAAAAAUGUUAUUUCAAAGGCAGAAGGACUCUCAGAGGAGGAAUCAGUAAACAUGAUCCCAGCUACAGACCUACAGCCGGAUGAUCUGAGUGGGACAGAGGAGGAGAAAGACCAAACAAUAACUACAUUUGAUCAAGUUGGCAGGGCAGCUAAUGGAAAAGAUAGCAUCUCUGUUCCAGACCAAGAUAAUACUCAGUCUGAGUUAGAGCCCACCGACUUGUUGUCAAUGAAAGCUAUUUCAAAUGUGUGUACCCAGGAGUUAGAACCGGAAAAAGAACGUGGAGAUAAUGAACAAAAUAAUUCAGUUGUAGAUAUGGAGAUUAUAGAUCCGGAAGGAGAUCUUAAUACUGACGCAGAAGAACCAGUGGAAGUAUUUUCAUAUUCUGGGCUAGCUGAUGUUGAUGUGUGUGCUACAGAGCUUGGAGGAAGCUCAAGACCCCAACCUGAGGAGAAUACUGUAUCAUUAUUGUCUCACUCUAAGCACAAUCAGCAAGGAGGAGAGGACCAAGUAGAACAAACAGAAGAGGUAGCUUCACCAUCUGAGUCUUCGUCUGGCAUUAUACAUGAAAGCUUAACUCAUAUAGAGGGAGUUUCUGUCAGUAAUGCUAUAACAAAUGAGGAUUCUUUGGUUGAGGUUAACUUUGAAGAUGUCCCAGAGGGUCAGCAGAUUAAAGAGGUUGAGGAGAAACAGCCAGGAGACAGCUCAGUAGAUGUCUUACAGACUACGUUUUUAGAAAUGCAACUGGAGGAAGAGUGCAAAGAGGUAACUGCAGUGGAUAUAUCUCAAACACAAGACCACAAUGAACCUGCAAUGAUGGGAGCUGUAGAGGAAAUAAAGUGUGGAGGGGAGGAAAUGGAAAGACAGCACAUGGAAUCUGAUAUAAUGAGCAAGAAGGUAGACACAAAUGAUUCUGAUUUAAAUAAUAGUGGUGUUGAUGGUAAGCACGAAGGUGUUAAAACUAUCAGCUCAUCACAUCAGCCCACCAUCGAUGAAGAGAACCCAGAGAAUGAAAUGGAUCAUGAAAAUGAAGAUAUUAAUGAAAAAGCAGGAGGGAUAAGUGAAUGUGAAUUUCACCAGAAUGAGGGUUGUGAAAAAGAUGAAAAUUCAAACGACGCUGAGGACGAGACAACGGACACGGAUGGAGGCAAAAAAGAGGACGGACUUGCAGAAGGUUAUGGAGACGUGGAGAUUCAAGAAACAAAUGCUGGUGGAGUGGGAAAUCACUCAUCACAAGUUACACGGGAAAAUAUAUUAACUGCUGGAAUAGAGGCCGAGAGGGAAACUUUAGAGGCAAGUACACAUCUACCAGAGGAGAAGGAGGAGAGUCGGAGAACACCUGUAGACUCACAGCUACAGGAUAGUGUGGGGGAAACAGAGGUCACAUCAACGGAGAAAGGUCCAGAUGUAAUGGGACUUUUAGAAGAAGAAGAAGUUGAUUCUGAAAUACAAGGGAAGAGGGACACAUUGUGUGAAGAGGGGAGCAGCAGCCCCACUCCAAGUGCAGAUCUGCCAGCUGCAGAAGACGAAGUGCCACUUGCUUCUGAAAAGGACUCCACAGAGCCUGAAGGCAAGAGCAGUGAAAAGGUAAAGCUUCUUCUUAAUACAGAAUAUAUACAUGAGUGAUGCCUCAUAUCUUUAUGUGCUUUAACAUUAUAGAUGAACAUGUUUUGCAAUAAGAAAAUGGCCCUGAUUUUUAGGCCCAUAACUCGUACGAUUAGAAUUUUGAAAGUGGCAUCUGCAACUCAUCACAUCUCCUCCAAUUGUAUCAGCAGGAUGAGGAUAAAUGUUCGCACAGUUUCAGAUUGAGGUGCCUUUAGUCUGCUCUGCUCCCAUUCCUGUCUCAGGUAGCCUAUAUAUAAAUAAACCCUUCAAGGACGGGUCUGAUCUACAGUGGCCCUCGUUUUUUCCCCCUUGGACUCUCCAGGGUUGGGUGAUUGAACAUAUCCCUAAAAUAGUUCAUUUUCUAGAUGGUGGUUGUUCUAACAAACUUUAAAG